AUGGCUUCGGAGGCUGAGCCUGGCCAGCGGGCCAGGCGAAGCGGAGGGGAGCAGGGCGGGAGUGCAGUGGGUGUUGCUAGGGGAGUGCAGAGGGAGCGUCGUGCCCGUCAGGGGCCCCUGCGGGCGCGGGCUGUCCAGAGUCGGAACCGCUGGGAGAGUCGUCCUGGAGAUCUGGCGGGGUUGGGAGGGCAGGGGGGCCGUGUCUACAUACCUAUAAGGAGGCGGUCGUCCUGGAGGACAGGGCGGAGAUAG